AUGUCAUUGGCCUCGGUGGGCUCCGCUGCGCGGCGCGCCGCCGCCAGCGCGACCGCGAGCAGCGGGUGCCUCGGCGGCGGCGGGCUGCGCCGCCUGGGCGUGGGCGUGCUCGGCGGCCGGGGCCGUGGAUGCGGUUCAGGCGUCUUGGAGCAGAUGCUGGGGAUCAUCGGUCGCGAGGGCGUACGCCUCGACUGGCGGGCCCCCCUUGGCGAGCGGGCUGGCCACGAGGCGCCCGAGGCGCCCCACCAGGCGGCACAGGCGGCAGCGUGGCGCAAGCCGGGCGCCCAGGAGGUGGUCGAGGCGGAGCGGCAGGAGCGGCUGCAAGGCAACCAGGCGGCCGACACGCGCGACCUGCAGCAGUGGUUCCGCCAGCUCGGGAUGGCGCCGUACGAUCUGGGCGUAGGAUGUGCCGACAUCUUCGCCACGCUUGCGGGAGCUCUGCCAAUCUUGUACUUCGGCACGCGGGCGACGGGCCUCAAGCUCAACCUCACGAAAGUGGUGCUGAUUCGUGUCAUGGGAGGUACUGAGGAGCACCUCCAGGAAAUAUUGGUCGACGUCGGAUUCCUGCCCUUGUCUUUUUCGAUUGUGAAGUCGGGCAAACACCUCGGAAUCAUCAUCGGCCAGGACGGCCACCUCGACAGUUGGAUCGCUCCCACAGUCAAGUGCAUCAGUCGGGCUCGAUCGAUCAAGCACCUAGCGCUGGGCCUGGCCAAAGACACGGAGGAGCCGAGGGGCGGCAUGCACGACGUCGUCUCUGGAGUCUGUGCGCUGGGCCAGCGGUUGGCUGCUGCCGAGGCGGCGAUGGCCGAGCCCGCCAAGUCCCGGCAGCGGGAGCGGCGCUCCAGCCAGGGCGACGUUCGUCUACCAGAGCCCAUCGCCUCGUGGCAGGACGCGACAGACCGCCGCUACCUUGACCAGGCCCUGGCGGGCAAGCUGCAGGCUGCCGGCCUGGAGCGGCCCACGCUGAUCCAGCGCCACGCCUUGCCGAUCAUCAGCCACCAGUCUGGGCGGUACGACCUGAUCGCGUCAGCCCAGACCGGGUCUGGCAAGACGUUCGCAUUUGUUAUUCCUUCAGUGGCGCGGUUGAUAUUGCAGGGGGCCAUCAGCCGGCCAUUCUUCGCCGGCCCCCACGCGCAAGGCAGCCCCCUGCUCCUGCUCCUGUCGCCCACGCGCGAGCUCGCAGUGCAGACCUCGAAGGAGGCCGAGGUGAUGACUUCUGGCACAAAGUUGGUGACCAAUUGUGUGUACGGAGGCGAGAGCACAAAGACCCAGGUCGACAAGAUCACGAGGGCCCAGACCGACAUCCUGUGCGCCACCCCUGGUCGCUUGUGCGACCUCAUAGACAUCAACAAGCUGUCGUUGUCGUUCGUGCAGUGUUGCGUGCUCGACGAGGCCGAUCAGAUGCUCUCCCUGGGGCUGGAGCAGCAGGUCGAGGAGGUGUUCUACGGCCGCGACCUCCCCCAGCCGAACCACGGGCGGCAAACGCUGCUCUUCAGCGCCACCAUGCCGCAGAAGAUUCGCGACAUGACCCCCAGGAUUCUUCGCCAGGACAGGCAUCGCGAAUUUGACCAUCGGCAAGUACGGGGGGGAGACCAGGGGGGCUCGUGCUCCAGCAUCCGCCAGAUCGUCAAGUACGUUGAGGAUAAUCAGAAGAUGCAAGCUGUGCUGAUGGACCUGCAGGAUACCUGUGGGCGCAGCCAGGGGCGGCAACGGGCCGCUCAGGCAAGGUCGUGA